CUCCUCCUCCCGCGCCGGAAUGGUACGUUCCGGUCCGCCUGGCCCGGCUGCAGUGGAUGUUGCUAGAACCCACGCGGAGGAAGGAAGAGACGCAGGCAGGCUGCGGUGACCCAAGCGGCCGCCCCUGCCUCAGGGACCCCUUCCAGGAGACACGGCACCAUGACCCAAGGAAAGAUCUCCGUGGCUAACAAGGCCCCCGGGACAGAGGGGCAGCAGCAGGCCAAUGGUGAGAAGAAGGAGACUCCAGCAGUGCCCUCAGCCCCGCCCUCCUAUGAGGAGGCCACCUCUGGGGAGGGGCUAAAGGCAGGGGCCUUCCCCCCAGCCCCUUCGGCUGUGCCUCUCCAUCCCAGCUGGGCCUAUGUGGACCCGAGCAGCUCCAGUUAUGAGAACGGUUUCCCCGCUGGAGACCAUGAGCUCUUCACCACCUUCAGUUGGGAUGACCAGAAAGUUCGCCGAGUCUUCAUCAGAAAGGUCUAUACAAUCCUGCUGAUCCAGCUGCUGGUGACCUUGGGCGUCGUGGCUCUUUUUACGUUCUGUGACCCCGUAAAGGACUAUGUCCAGGCCAACCCAGGAUGGUACUGGGCAUCCUACGCUGUAUUCUUUGCGACCUAUCUGACCCUGGCCUGCUGUUCUGGACCUAGGAGGCAUUUCCCAUGGAACCUGAUUCUCCUGACCAUCUUCACCCUGUCUAUGGCCUACCUCACUGGGAUGUUGUCCAGCUACUACAACACCACGUCUGUGCUGCUGUGCCUGGGUAUCACGGCUCUCGUCUGCCUCUCAGUCACCGUCUUCAGCUUCCAGACUAAGUUCGACUUCACCUCCUGCCAGGGCGUGAUCUUUGUGCUGCUCAUGACUCUAUUCUUCAGCGGACUCAUCCUGGCCAUCCUCCUGCCCUUGCAAUAUGUGCCCUGGCUGCACGCAGUGUAUGCCGUGCUGGGAGCGGGAGUGUUUACGUUGUUCCUGGCAUUUGACACCCAGUUGCUGAUGGGUAACCGACGCCACUCGCUGAGCCCUGAGGAGUAUAUUUUUGGAGCCCUCAACAUUUACCUAGACAUCAUCUACAUCUUCACCUUCUUCCUGCAGCUUUUUGGCACCAACCGGGAAUGAGGAGCCCUUCCUUCCUUCCAAGAAUGUCCCCUUGCUGGUACCCUCCCUGUACUCCUGCAAGCCCAGAUAUAAAACUAGCUGCCAGCCCAUCCUUUGGCCUCCCCUCAGCCCGAUGCCCACCCUCACCCUCUGCAGCUUGUGUCCAAGUAUUAGGGGCCCUGUGGAACUGAGGUCACAUUCCCCCUUCUGUGCUGCCCCUUCCCCCCCCUUACAUCUCUCAAAGUGGACAGUCAAGGCUGGAGCCUCCCCUGGGUUUGAGGACCCAAGGGACGAGUGGGAAGAGCCCAGCAGGAUUCCAGAUGUGGGAAAGAGACCCCAGGAAGCCUAGCUGAGGCCUGCACCCCACGGAGGUUCCUCCUAAGGCUGCCACAGCUGUGUGACCUUGGGACACACUGUCCUGUGUCCAAUCCACCCCUCUGUUCUUUCCUUCCAGAUCAGGCACCGACACUUGUAAGGGGUGGGAGGAAGCUGGGCGAGGAGGUGGGGCUGCCCUGCAGGUGGGGGGAUGUCGGUGGACCAAAUGGUUGUCCCAGGCUGCCCAUCCUCGCAGCUUUGAGACUGGCAGCACGUUCUAGGCACUUGAGCCCUGGGGUGCAUGGAAGGGGGACAGGAAGCCAGUACCCUCUGCCCCUGCCUUGGUUUACCCUCCGGAGUCAUGACAGAGCACUGUUGGGGCAGGAGGUGGGGACAGGGGGCCCUGCUCCUACAUGGGGACCUGUCCUGGGGCUGUAAGGGAGGUGGAGCAGGCAGCCCUCUGGGAGGCGCGGGCUCUGUAGUGGCACCAGUUCACCCAGACCUGCAUCUCCCUGGGGGGCAUUUGAGGUUGGCAGGACUGACCUCUCACCCUCUUCUCUGGACCCCUGGGUUGUGCCUCACCCUAGGCCUGAGGCUGAGUGGAGUGCCUGGGCCCUAGAGGAUUGGAUGCCCCGACAGAGGGAGGGUUGUACUAGCUGCUGAACCAGCCCCACUGGGAGGGAAUCCUGCCCUGCCCUGAGGCCUCUCUGCACUUCUUCCCUAAACUCUCCCCCAUCUGCGGCGGCUGCCAUGUGCUGGCUGAUCCCCAAGCCAGGCCUCCUAAGGCCUCAGUUGGCAGUGCCCAUGUCCCUCCCCCUGGCUUCUCUGGCCACUCAGCCCAGAAUCCUAAGCUCCCUUCCAUUCCUUAUCUCCUUAUCUCUCCAAUUUGGAAGCUGUUCAGCUGAUGCUAACAGCCAGAGCUGGUCCCUCCAGCUGGUCCCAUGCGAUGAGGUCGGGUCUCCUUAUCAGCCUCCAGGCAGCUGAGAGCUGAGACUUGGGCAGGGUGUGCGUCAGCCACCCAGCCCCCUGCAGGCCCUGCUGGGAAGGGGACGAGGGGGCCACACCUGGGGGAAGUGUGUCCCCGGCACCUCGCAGCCAGCUCUGGGCCAGUGGAAAGUUACUGGGUGGGGUCAGCGAGGUCAGAUACCUGGGCCUUCCCUUGGCCUCUCCCUCCAGGGCUCAACUCUCUCCUCUGUGCCGGGAGUUCUUUUGCCCUUGGAGAGAAUGACUAGGUACGUUACCAAUCUGUUUUUGACUCUUCCUUCUCCACCCUUCCUGUUUUCAGCUUUCAAGAAAUAUUGCAGAAGUAUUUGAAAUUUUGUUUCACCUUGGGCAUUUGAGGAAAGAGGGAAACAAGAACAGAUGGCGGUGUUUGUGUAUAAGACAAAGGCAACGGGAGUGUGGCUAGAUGCCUACUGUGUGCUGGUCUAAAUUAAUCCAUUAAAGCAAUCCUAUAAAGGGAGAAGUCCGCACAUGCCGAUCGCAGAGGGAAAAGCUGAGGUGAUUGAGAGGAUCGGUAACAAGACAAAGGGCAUAUAGCGAACCUCUUGGGUUGGGGCUGGAAUGAGAGCGGGUGGUCAGGCCAGACAUCUCCUGAUGUCUCUGGAGAUCUGUUGGCCUCGGUGCCACCCCUCACCACCCCCCUGCCCCCUACUACCACCACCAAAUUUUGUUCUCUGUCGUUUCCACCUUCUAGACACAAGCUGGGGGCAUUCUGGUGUCUGAUUCCCAGCCUCACUGCUGACAGGCUCGUGGUAGUAAGUUGUGAGUCGUUACCUAUCAGCGAGAUGGAAGACCGAGCCCUGGGCAGUGCAGGGAGAGGCGCCAAAACGCUUUCCACUGACUUCCUGAUCCAGUUGCCACCUUUCCUCCAAGGUCCUUUCGCUUCCUCUCCUAAUCUCUGGUCCCACUUCCAAAGGGCUCACUCAGCCUGGGCCUUGGUCAUGCUUCCCAGAAUCCUCUUGUCCAAGUCCUCCUCUUCCUAGGACAGUUUAUGCAGAAAUAGGACUGAGAAGCUUAUCCAAGGCCGAGCUCUGAAAGCGUGGUGGGGGGGAGGUAAGCCCUCAGCAGCAAACAGCAGGACCGGGCAACUUGGCUUUCUCCAGGCGGGGAGAGGGUGCUGCUGAGUCUCCCGCUCUGGGUCCUGUGAGGGAUCCAGGACCCGCUGAGCCGGCCGCAGAGCCCGGGCUGGGGGCCCUGCGUCCUGCUGCACUGAGGCCGGGAGGAGCCCCAGGAACACCUGGCUGGGCCUUCAAGGAGGAAGGGCUGAGGAACAGGAAUGCAGGAUUAGGAGAAACCGAGAAGCCAGAGCUGAGCAGGUGCCACAAUCGGCAGGGGGGAGGAGAAGCUGCAGGGCCCCUCGCAUUUUUGGCAGGGGUGGGGCUGGGCCCGGGAAAGGGUGGCUUGGAUUUUAUAGAGCUCCAGGCAGCCAGGAAUCUGACCAUCUGCGAUGUGAGGUCGGAGGUUUCCUGCCAAGAGGAAGACAGAUCAAGAGAUCUUCUCCUGGGAUUGCAGCUGGGGUCCCGGGAGGCAC